AUGUCUAUCUUGAAUGAUGAUAUAAAAUUGAAUAUCCUUUCUCAGGAUCUUUUAGUUUACAUAUCUCAUCUAGAAGAAUCUUUUAACGAAAUUGAUGAAUCGGACGAGAAAACUAUUAUUCAAGAAUGGUUACUUUUGAUCCUUGAAAAUUCUAAUGAAGACAUAGAGGAUGCUCGUAUCCGUAACAUGGCACUGAGUCAAAUGUUAAUGGACAUCGAAAAUAAUAAACUGAGAUCUCCAUUCAAUGAAAAGCCAUCACUUCAUGCAUACAUGAAGUUAGUUGAUUGGUUAAAAUCAAUGUUGAAUCAAAAUGCGUCAUUAGAAAAGGAAGACAACACUAAUUAUAAUGUGGAUAAGGAGCCUGAGAAUCGCGAUUUGGAUCUUGAUGAAUUUGAACAUUUAAUGUCUGCUGAUAAUCGUACCUACGUAGCAAUUCGAACUUUACCAAACAAUAGUGGUGUUUUCGGUUAUGUAGCUAUUUCGAUGGGUGAUGGAGAUGAUACUCAAUGGUUGAAUUGUAAAGGCCAUCCAAUACAAACACCAAUUCCAUCACAUUUGCAUGUGGAGCAUCUUAAAGGACAUUUUCAAAUUUUAGAGCCCAAACAUCCUGACGUUAAAAAAGUAUGGAUGAUUUUGAAAAACAGGAGACCAUUAUGUACAAGAAAUGAUUCUUAUGGUUUUUAUAAAACAUUAUAUGAAAAUGUCCAACAAGAAAUGUUGGCUGAAAGAAAUAACACAAAAUGUACUCAUCCGUUCAUUAAUAAGUUACUUAAAUUUCUUGAGAUUGACUUGAAGGCUAUUGGAGUGAGUGAUCUUAAAAUGUUUUGUAGAAUCAAGAUGCUUUCAAUAUUAAAGAAGCAAAUCAAAUCAGUAUUGAUUGAAAUUGAGAAAAGGUUUGAGACUUUAGAAACCGCAAUAAAUGUUUCAACGAUUUCUCCUAUGGUUCCAUUGCCACUGAAAUGCUGUUAUAGCUUUGUGUCUUCCACUCUAUGGAAUGAUUUGCAUCAACAACGGCCUAGUACUAAAUAUAUGGAUAUCUUGUCACAUGAAUAUCCUCAAUAUUUAUUUCCAAAAUAUUUUGAAGUAUUGAUAGAAGAAAAAAAAGAGAUAUUGACCAGUAUUUCCAGUAAAUACUGUAAUAUAUUGGACGAGAUGUUUGCCGAUUUGGAAAACUCAAUUAUUUCAAACAUAAAGAAGUAUAGGGACGCUAAAUGGGAAUGGCAUCUAGCUCACGAGAUUAUUUAUGCAUAUAAUAAAGAAAAGAGUUUUAAAGAUAGUUUGUGUGCAGUAGAAAAUUCUGCUGAUGAAACUGCAGAUUCAUUUUUAUCAGUAAUUUUAAACGAAAUAGAAAUGACUCAAAAUAAACUAAAAUCGUUAACAAUAAAGAAUGAUAAAUUAAAGGAACAAUUACCGGAUUUAAGAAAUGAAGUCGCAGAAAGAAAAAAUAUAUAUAAAACAACAGUAGAUCAAUUUGAAGAUGAUAUGGAUAAAUUAAAAAAAGAAAUCAAUAAUGAAAAACGAGAUAUAUUAAAAAGGGAAAAUACGAUAAUUGAGCUUCAAAGAAAAGCAAACGAACUUGAAUAA